AUGCCACCAAAUAUUAACACCAAAGACAUUCAAAGGAAUUCUUCAACAUCCAGCCACACUUCGUCCCAUAAUUACUCUUAUUCUGAAUUAUCUUCAUCCCAAAAUAACCAGAGUUUACAACCCCCCCAGAUUUCUUCCCAAAACUACGUGGCAUACAUCCAUCAACAAGCUUCUUUAGGUACUAGUUUUUCACAGCCUUAUCCUACAAUCAUUUCCCCGCCACCUUUCCUUCCACAACAACAACAACAACAACAACAACAACAACUUCCAGCCGUCCAUUCUUCUGCCCCUUCUAACCCAAUUAUUCCCGCUACUACUACUACUACUUCGAUAAAUAAUACUAAUCUUACAACAACAAUGUCAACACCUAUCCACCCAGUAGCUUAUAAUCAACAAACUGAAUCUCUCCAACGUUCUGAAUGUCAAAACUAUCAUCAUACUAACCAAAUGGCUCACUAUUCCUUUACUGACUCUAGUGGUAGUGGUAGUGGUGGUGGUGGUGGUGUUGCUAGUCAAGAAAAUAUACAAAUAUUUACUUCUACAACACCUACUACUCCUACUUCUACACAUACUUCUAUUACUUCUAUUACUUCUCAGGGUCCAUCUUUCCCAAUUCAUCAUCACCAUCCUCAUCCUCAUCCUCAUCCUCAUCCUCAUCCUCAUCCUCAUCCUCAUCACCAUCACCAUCAUCCUCCUCCUCCUCAUCCUCAUCCUCAUUUAUCAACCAAUCCAUCUUCAAUUUGCAAUGCAAAUUCCUCUUCUCAAAAUCCCAUUGUUUCGCCGUCCAAACAAGUCCGUUAUUCUCCCACUUCCUCGUCUCAUAAAUCAAGCUUUGAUAGCUUCAUUUUUGAUGAUGAUUAUGGUUCUCAAGUAUUACAUUCGUACCAACAAUACCCAGCAAGUCAUCAACAAAAUAAUCACAAUGAUAAUAAUAAUAAUAAUAAUAAUAAUCAGCAUCAACAUCAACAUCAACAUCAACAUCAACAUCAUCAAAUUCCAGUGGUAAAUAAUGAUCAUACUUAUCCUACCUCUCCUACUUCUUCUUCUUCUCAUGAAAAUCUUAGUAAAAGUGUUGUUGUUCAAAGUUCUACAUCCAAACAAAUAGAUGGAUUCUCUACAAAUCAAAAGAGUAGAAACACCCAUCAUAAUAAUCAUAAAUCCCAUCAUAAUUCUAAUACCUAUCAUCAACACCAUCAAGCUAACCUUCAUUCUCAUCAAGAAUCAAAUUAUCAUACCCAUACCCAUACUCAUCCAAAUUCUCAACCCCAACAUAAUUCUAUUCCCCAAUUGCAGUCUCAUCUUCAAACUAAAAUCCAUUCACAAAAACAGUUUCAAUCUCAAUUACAAUCUGUUCCUCAACUCAAUGCCAACUUUAUCCAAAAUUCAUCUCCUUCUCUUGUUUUCCAUGUUCAGACAGAUCAACUUUCUAAUUUACCUCUUAAUCCAAACUCUAAUAAAACAUCUUCUGUCCAACCAAUUCAAGUCCAAAAUCCUGUCUCAAGUAUUGGAAGUGUAACUUCCAAAACAUUGACUCGUGUAAAAGUAGAACAAGUCUCUUCAAACUCUCACUCUAAACCUUUGGACUUUAAUGGUCGCCCAAUCAAAAAUUGGAAAGGUCGGUGGUAUAAAUGCAGUCAUUGUGAUAGAAAGUUUCUUCACUCAGAGCUCCAUCUUUAUGCCCAGCAUAUUCAAGAACUUGAGACUACUCAUGGUGUAAGUUAUGUUAAUAGGACUUUUAAAUGCUUAGAACCUACUUGUGAAUGGAGUAAAAUUGGGUUUACAAGAAAACUGGAAUUUAAAAAGCAUUUUGCUAGAAUACACAGUAUUCCCAAAGUUCAAUGUCCACUUUGGAGACCAGAUGACCAAGAAGCUCAUCCUGGGUCAAAUAAAUGUUCAACUAGGUGGCAUACCGAUACUGGAAGUUUAAAACGUCACUUAGAAAAGGGUCAUAAUGUGACUGCUCAAUUCACGAAUUGA